GGGAAAUGAAAGGACUUGAAAGUGGAGCUACUACAGAAGACACAGCUCUGCUGGAUCUACAGGACUUGACUGAAAACAGUCACUGACUGCAGUGAUGGAGCAAAGACAGCAAGAGCUGUAUUCUAGUAUUCUGACUCCAGAAGCCGGGGACUGGGACGAAGGACAUCUCAGAGCAGGUCUCCUGGAGAAGGAGCCACUGCAGGAAGUGGACGAGGACAUGGUGUCAGAGGUGGACUUGAACAACACUAUAACACAGGAAGAGAAAGAGGAAAUGUACAAUGAGCUGACUAAGUUAGAGGAAGAAAUCACCACCCUGAAACAAGUGCUGGCCUCCAAAGAGAAGCGACACGCAGACCUGAAGCAGAGGCUGGGGAUCACACCACUGAGUGAGUGGAGACAGAACCUGAGCAAGGGCUGGAAUGACGUGCAGACAAGUACAGCAUACAAAAAAACCUCAGAGACACUCAGCACUGCUGGCCAGAAAACAUCUGCAGCCUUCAGCAACCUGGGCACCGCCAUUAGCAGGAAGUUUGGAGAUAUGAGCAUAUUUGAGUUACUGUAUUCCAGGAGAUCACAUUCAAUAGGCCACUCUAUACGCCACUCUAUGAGCAUGCCCGCUAUGAGGAACUCGCCUAGUUUUAAGUCCUUUGAGGAGAAGGUUGAAAGCACUGUAUCCAACAUCAAGUCGAAGGUAGGCACCAGUGGCAGUGGAGGAAGUUUUGAGGAGGUUCUCUCCUCAGCAGCUCAGGCCAGCGCUCAAGACACCCCCACUAACACAUUGACAGACAACAGCGAGCACAACUGCUAACCAGCCUGACAUAAGCCUGGAGAUGGAACUGUGCUGCCCCUCUGUGGCCAGGAGGCUGCAUCACGCCCUCAGGAAAGAGUUCCUGAAGCCAAGAGUCAAGUUAACCAGCCAUGACCAAACAUUUUACCUACUUCUUUCACCAAAAUGUACCAGAGGUUGUGUGUCUUGGCAGGGGUUCUAUCCAAAUAUGUAAUCAGUUUCAUUCUUUUGUACUGAAAAAGAAAUUCAGCGUAUUCAUAAACUAAACGUGUGGUGUGCUACCUUCCUGGUAGCUGUUUCUGUGUUUAUAUGUUACAACUUAAAAAUGGCACAAAGAUGGUUCUUCAGGGUUUAGUAAAGAAAAUGGUUCUGUAUAGAACCAGGAACACUUAGAGAACACUUGGCAUGAUUAAUGGAGAACUGAUGAACGUGCUGUAGAUGGGUCUAUAUAGAACCUUUUUGAAACCGGGUCUAUAGAGCACCAAAAAAGGUUUGUCUAUUGUUAUGAUGUCAGGCUUUUUACAGUAGAAGAACCCUUUUUGGUGCUGUAUAGA